AUGGUGGUGCUGUGCUGCAUCAGCUUGAUUGACUGCAUCAAUGCUACCAUGCUAAACCCCUACGUGGACGAGUUUGUGUCCCAUCUUCUCAACAGACGGCGUGGUGACCCUGGUAUAUCGAUUUGGGUCUCUGUCAUGGUGGGUUCCUACUCUUUGUGUGAGGUACUCUUUAGCCCCAUGUGGGGAAUGCUAGCUGAGCGGUUUGGCCGUCGGCCCAUACUGCUGUUGGGCUUGGCUGGCUCCGCCGUGGCUCCGGUUCUUUUUGGUCUUGCAGACAGCUACGCCACGGCGCUGGCUGCUCGACUUCUCGACGGCUUCUUCUGCGGCAACGUAUGCGUCGCACGGACCUAUCUGGGAGAAUUGGUGGAUGCCGAGAACGAAGCUUGGGCUUUUGGGCUCCUGGGCAUUGUCUUUUCACUGGGACUCUUCGUGGGUCCCAUCCUGGGGGGAACCUUGGCGCAUCCGGCAGCUUGGGCCCCCGGGUGGUUCGAGUCGACGAUCUUUGAGGGCCAUCCCUUCUUCCUCUCAAACCUGAUUUUUGCCUGCCUGGUGGCCUGCGUCUUCCUGCUGGGUGUGGUGGCAUUGAAGGAGACCCGUGGGCCUACAGAGCGAGAGGAGUCCUUCCUUGCAGCUCCCGAAACCAGCCAGGCAAGGUGGGAGCCGAAUUCGGUGGAACGCCGUGGGCUGUGGCGUCUGCUGACUGUGAGCAGCAUACUCUACGGCUACGUCGCUGCCCGCUUGAACUCCUUCGUCCUUGUGUCGUCCUUGCCUCGGAGUAUGCAUGGCCUCGAUGUUUCCCCUCAUCAGUUUGCGUAUAUUCAGACAUUUGCUGCGCUCAUGCUGGCGUUGAAUCAGGUUACAAUUUAUCCCUUCCUGGUGAAGAGAUGUGGGGCUCACACCAGCUGCGCCAUUGGUCUGCUUUGGACGAUCGUCCUCACGUUGCCAGUUCCUCUCUUGUUCAUGACAGCCGAUGUUGAACAAGCCAGCGCUUGGCGUUUGGUGCCUGUCGCUAUCUGGCAGGGCCUGAACCAGCUUGGCUUUGGCACAGCCUUUCCACUGCUUGCGGUACUGCUGAACAAGGAGUGCACAAGGCGCAAUCGUGCUGUGGUCAAUGGCUGGAGCAACUCAUUGGGCGCCCUGUCGCGUGGCUUGGGGCCCGUGUUGGCUGGUGCCUUGAUGCACUUGGGCUGCUCUCUGGAGUCAGGGGAUCUUCGUCUUGGACGAUACCUUUCAUUCUACGUCAACCUCCUGCCCGCAUCCGUCUCUCACCUUCGAUGUGGGCUUUAG